AUGUCUAACUCAACUGAUGCGGUGGCUACCCUAACCACAAUGUUCGCGGGAAUCUGCAGAUUCAAGUUCGCAGACAUCCGCGACUACCUCCAUACGAUGGGACUUGGUGCAAACAUAUUACGAGAGGAAACGGAAAAGGCAGAGAACGCCCCAAUUCCUUCUUGCAACAUAAAGUUGUUGCGACUGGAUAACGACAACAACGAGUUCAACGCCAUCUUCCGUACUCCUCCUCGCUAUAAGGGCAAGCUCGAACCUGGUGACAAAGCAGUCGCUUACCUCAAGAUUGAGGAGGAGGGCGGGCCCUGGGAUAUGCGGAUUAUUGAGCCACCUGCCUAUGCUAGAACCGGCGAGAUCACAUCAGUGCUCGCGCGUCGAUGGAAUAAACACACUGACAAGUGGUUUGAUGAGAGAAAAGUUGCUACUAUCACACCCCCAACCCAUCUCAAAGGUGGUGCCGAGCUGGGAUACAUCCUCAGACAGCAAGGUAUCGAAGCAUGA